AUGAACUCGAUCGGAUCCGUCUGGAAGCCUGACGCUACGGGCCAGACCCCGAAGCAGGUUCCCUAUAUCCCCCACCUCAAGCUCAACGAUGGCAACGAGAUCCCCAUGCUCGCCUACGGCCUCGGCACGGCCAACUUCAAAAAGGGUGGUGGCUCGUACGACGACAAGAUUGUCGAGAUCACGACGGCCGCCAUCAAAGCCGGCUACUUCCACCUCGACGGCGCAGCAGUCUACGGCAACGAGGAGGAGCUCGGCGCGGCCAUCAAGGCGGCGGGCGUGCCGCGCGAGAAGCUCUACGUGACAACCAAGCUCGCGGGCACCAAGAAGGAGCCGAUCCAGCAGGCCUUCGAGACGUCGCUGCGCAAGCUCGGCCUCGACUACGUCGACCUCUACCUCAUCCACGCGCCCUUCUUCGCCGCCACGGACGCCGACCUGCAGGCGGCCUGGGCCGAGCUCGAGGCCCUGCACGCCUCGGGCCGCGCGCGCUCCAUCGGCGUGUCCAACUUUCUCCAGCCCCAUCUCGAGGCCGUGCUCCGGACGGCGAGGGUCGCGCCCGCGCUCAACCAGAUCGAGUUCCACCCCUACCUGCAGCACGGCGACCUGCUCGCCUUCCACCGCCGGCACGCCAUUGCCGUCUCGUGCUACGGUCCGCUGACGCCCGUCACGCGCGACGUCGAGGGCCCCGUCCCCGCCCUCUGGGCCCGCCUCGCCGCCAAAGUACGGGCGUCUCCGAGUCGGAGAUUGGCCUCCGUUUGGUGCAUCGACCAGGGCCUCGUCGCGCUGACGACCUCGUCCAAGGAGGACAGGCUGCAGACCUACAUGACGCGCGUGCCCGGCUUCAAGCUGACGCCCAAGGAGGUCGAGGAGAUUGCCGAGGCUGGCAAGACGGUGCACUACCGCGCCUUUUGGAACAAGUACUUUGAGGACGACGACAGGCGGUGA